CCACAAACAUCAGUCGCAAGUGUUUUUUUUCGUUCGCCCUAAAAUUCAAAUCACAUCAAAUUUCUCUAGCAGAGUGAUGACACUUUUUGACGCUGCUACAUGCAUUAAUACAACACAAUAAUAAACAAUAUAAAAACGAACACACAGCAGCCGGAGCGUUUCCACACAGAAAGGACGAAUAAACGAAGGCCAAACGGAUAAUUGGAGAUUGGAUGAUAAGGCAGGCUUGCCGCUGCCAGGUUCAGGGAAAAGUGUGCUCCUCUCCGUCCCAACGAUGUCCACCGCCUUUCUGACGCUGUUCGCCGUCAUCGUGUGCAUACUAUUUCGCAUCCUGAACGUGCACAGCCAGCCCCUAAAGCCGAGCGUAUGGUGCCUGGACGAGCAGUUCCUCGAUUGCCUCUACAAAAUAGCGCCUGUAUUAAGAGAGCCCUAUGUCCCGCCGCGACUAUGGGGUUUUAGUGGUCAUGUGCAAACGGUUUUGCACAGCAUUGUCGGACGAGUGCGUUGCCCGUGGCCUCUGGGAGAGCGGGUCUAUCUUUCCCUGCAGGAUGGCUCCACAUUGACCUACGACCUCUACCAGCCCCUCAACGAGCAAGAGGGUAAGUCCAGCCAUAAUUUAAUCGGCUUUUCAUAUCUUAAUCUCUUGAUACCGUAUCUUCCAGAUGAUGUAACCGUGGCGAUUUGUCCCGGUAUAGCCAACAGCUCGGAAUCGGUGUACAUACGAACCUUUGUGCACUUGGCCCAGUGUAAUGGCUAUCGCUGUGCAGUAUUAAAUCACAUUGGAGCCCUGCGCAGUGUCCAGGUGACGUCGACACGCAUAUUUACCUAUGGCCACACCGAGGAUUUCGCCGCCAUGGUGGAGAAUUUACAUCAGAAGUAUCGUCAGAGUCGUAUCGUGGCUGUAGGAUUUAGCUUGGGCGGAAAUCUGGUUACCAAGUACAUGGGCGAGAUGCAAAAGCUUAAGCCACUGAGCGUCAUCGGUGGAAUCUCCAUAUGCCAGGGCUACAAUGCUGUAGAGGGCACCAAAUGGCUGCUGAAUUGGCAAAACUUCCGACGCUUCUACCUGUACAUUAUGACGGAGAAUGUGAAGAGUAUUAUUCUCCGACAUCGCCACAUCCUGCUCUCCGAUGAGGUCAAGACACGUCAUAAUCUGAUCGAGCGUGAGAUAAUUGCAGCGGCAACUUUGCCAGAGCUGGACGAGGCCUACACAAGGAAGGUCUAUAAUUUCGCCUCCACCCAGGAGUUGUACAAGUGGAGCUCCUCGCUGUUCUAUUUUGAUACCAUAGAGAAGCCCAUGAUAUUUAUUAAUGCUAAGGAUGAUCCAUUGAUACCAGAGGAUUUGUUGUUGCCCAUCAAGGAGUAUGCAACCACACGACAGAAUACAGCCUACGUGGAGGUGGCCCAUGGAGGCCAUCUGGGUUUCUACGAGGGCGGUUUCCUCUACCCGAAUCCUGUCACCUGGCUGGAUCGCACACUGGUGGCCAUGGUGGGAUCGCUGGUGAUGAUGCACGCUGAUGUGGGCAAGGUGACGCCGGCAUAAACUAACAAAUUGUUAAAAACACAACUAUUAAAUGUUUUUGUGUGAAAGUCGGCUGGCGCUGUCUAUAUGAAUCUUAAUCAAAGGAAGAAACCAAACGGAAACAUAUACAACUUACAUAUAAUGAUUGAUGGGAAAAAAUUAAUUGAUCACCCCAAUGGAAACAGGAAAACCAAAAUUGAUGUAUACUUUUGUAAAGUGCAUUUAAAAGUGAAAAUUAUUUCAGAUGUUUUGAAAAGUUUUUAUGAGACAACAGUUUACGCUUUAUG